ACACGCCCGGACGUGCGGACGUCAGCACUGUGUAUAUAUGCGGACGGAUCAAGGGGUAUAUCCGUGAUAUGAGCCUCUGACAGUCUUCCCCGCGGUAGAUACAGCCAGGGAGCGCGCAGCCAGGUGGGUAGCGAGAAUCGUCGUCCCCGAGAGCGCGCGCCCGCGCGUACGAGAACCGCAAUGGACGGACGAGGCGUCCUGGUGCUCGCGCUCGUCUGCGCGACGGCCGCCCUGGCGCGCGGCUACGCGCUCAACGUCGCCGAGGAGCCGCGGGACGGCGACUACGUCGGCACGUCCUACACGCACUACGAGGAGCUGCGACGGCUGCUCGGCGACCUGGCGCGCCGGCACCCGCGCCUGGCGCGCGUCUUCUCCAUCGGCAAGUCGGUCGAGGGCCGCGACCUCCUCGUCCUGGAGAUCUCGGAGAACGUGGAGCGGCGCGCGCCCGUCGAGCCCAUGGUCAAGCUCGUCGCCAACAUGCACGGCGACGAGGCCGUGGGCAGGCAGCUGCUCGUAAUCCUCGGCCAGUACCUGCUGGACCGCUACGGCAAGGACGACCGCGUCACCCGGCUGGUCAACCAGACGGACAUCUACCUGAUGCCCUCCAUGAAUCCGGACGGCUUCGAGAACUCGGUGGAGGGCAAGUGCGAGUCCAAGGACGACUUCUCGGGCAGAGAGAACGCCAAUCACGUCGACCUGAACCGGGACUUCCCCGAUCAGUUCGACAGACGGCUCAGCCAGCUCAAGAAGGGCAUCUCCAUCCUGAACAGCCGCCAGAACGAGACGGUGGCUAUGAUGACCUGGAUCUCCAACGAGCCCUUCGUGCUCUCCGGCAAUUUUCACGGUGGUGCCGUGGUCGCCAGCUAUCCAUACGAUUCUGGCAUCCCAAAAGCGUGCUGCAUAGAGAGCAAGAGCCCAGACGAUAAUUUAUUCAAGUAUCUCGCCCAUGUUUACGCGGACAAUCAUCCACAAAUGCGCAAGGGCGACGCCUGUCCGCCGGAGAUUUUCCGAAGUGGCGUGACAAAUGGAGCAUACUGGUACGAAGUGAUCGAAUCCGACGCGAUCACGCAUCGGCGCAUCUCGACGUUCGCGUGCGGACGUCUCUAUGAGAGCAAUGCGCGCCCGAUUUCGACAUCAAUCAUGACUGUGCAUUCGUACGAUACAGGAAAAGAAACGGUCCGCGAAGUGGUAAGAUCCAUCGACAAGUAUGGCUUUUACCACGCCGUGGAGUUUAAGCAUCACAACUACGUCGCGAUGGAGGAUUACCUGAAGAAGCUGAGCGCGAGUUACCCCAAUAUCACGAGGCUCUACAGCAUAGGGUCCUCCGUGCAGGGCCGGCAGCUGUACGUUAUGGAGGUGACGAAGAACCCCGGCGUCCACAGCCCCGAGAAACCGGAGGUCAAGUACGUCGGGAAUAUGCACGGCAACGAGGUGGUCGGCAGGGAGAUGCUGCUGCUACUGCUGAGAUAUCUCUGCGAGAACUACGGCACCGAUAAGAGAGUCACGCGGUUAGUGGAGACCGUCAGGCUCCACGUGCUACCGAGCAUGAACCCCGACGGAUACGAGGUCUCCCAGCAGGGCGACGCUUACUGGGCGAAAGGCAGGGAGAACGCGAAUGGCGUAGACCUUAAUAGAAACUUUCCCGAUUAUUACGAAAGCAACGAACUUAAUCGGCACCAGGAACCCGAGACCAAGGCGGUGAUGGAUUGGAUAGCGAGAAUCCCGUUCGUGCUCUCCGCCAAUCUUCACGGGGGAGCGUUGGUCGCGAAUUACCCGUACGACGACGGGCCGCCGGACUCGAGGCCAGACAACGUCGCGAAUCCAAGCCCGGACAACGACGUGUUCCGGAUGCUGGCGUUGACGUACUCCAACGCUCAUCCCCGCAUGCACCUCGGCCAACCGUGUCCGCCGAUAUUGAACGACGUCUACGGCAAGACGGUGCUCGAGGAACGUUUCCCGGAAGGUAUAACGAACGGCGCCGCCUGGUACUCCGUGUCUGGCGGCAUGCAGGAUUACAACUACGUGCACAGCAACGACUUCGAGAUCACCCUGGAGAUCGGAUGCACCAAGUACCCGAACGCCAGCGACUUGCCGAAUUACUGGCUGGAGAACAGACAGCCGCUUCUGCGUUUCAUCGAAAUGUCCCGCAAAGGUAUAAACGGUAUGGUGAGUUCGUCCAUCGGCACUCCGGUACACCAUGCGAAGAUCUCGGUCGAGGGUAUAGAGCACGAUAUUUACACUGCCGAGAAGGGCGAUUAUUGGCGACUAUUGGUACCAGGACAAUACAAUGUAACUGUCAGCGCAGUGGGAUACGAAACACUCACGCAGAGUGUCACCGUACCGUCUUACGGCGAAGAUGUCGGGGACGGAGAAGUGACUCUGGACUUUACGUUAAUGCGUGACGAUCCUCAGCACUGGUCAUCCGCGUACGAUUUUCGAUUGAUGGCAAACUUGCAGAAUGGCUAUUUGAAAAAUUCCGACUUGAGCGCUAGAUUCAGCCAGUUGGAAAAUCAUCAGCCCGACACCGCAGAAUUCAUAGCCGGUGACUCGUUGACCAGCAUGGCCAUUCACUCGCUGAAAAUCACGCAUAAUAUGGGGUCGCCCGAUGAGAAUAAAUUUCGCAUCGCGUUGGUGGGAGGACUGUUUGCCUCCCAGCCGGCCGGUAGGGAGAUUCUGUUACGUUUGGCGACGCACAUCCUUAUGGGAAAUCAAAUUGGCCACCCGCCUAUUCAGAGGCUACUGGACGACGCUACGUUGCACUUUGUUCCCGGCGUCGAUCCAGGAUUUGACGACAUAGAGCCGAGUAAUGAUUGCAAUCCCGUAGUCAACGACGAAGUAGGGGAGAAGGUGCUAUUAGAGAGCACCGAUGGGUCCAAGCGAGCGGAUAGAGUUGCGGAUGCGUUUAAGAGAAUGUUACAGGCCGAAAAUUACGACGUCGUUGUAAUACUGGGAGGUGGCACCUCGCAAAUCAGCUAUCCGACGAACGACGAUCUGCAUACGUUUAAAACGCUCGUCGACGCCUACGAGCGUGCGAGACACUACGGAAUAUGCAGCCGGUCGAACAACAGUACGCAACGGUUGACGAAUUUCAUACAGCACGCUUACGGCACGCCGGUGAUGGGCGUUAGUCUGUCGUGUUGCAAGUAUCCGCUCGCGGACUCGAUUCCCAUCAUCUGGCGCGAGAAUCUGAUGCCGCUCAUGGACCUCGUGCAGAGCCUCGCGAGCGGAAUCCGCGCGAUAAUAACGGACAAGCAGGGCGCCCCGCUGAGAGAAGCCAGCGUCAAGAUCGGAAAUAGGAGCUACGGCGUGUCGCGCAACAUGGCCUACCUCAAGGCGCUACUGGUGCCCGGCGAAUACACGUUGACGAUUUCUUGCGAGGGAUACGUGACGCAAGUGCUGAAAGUUCCUGUGCAACAGCAAAGGGUAACGAACAUCGACGUUAAACUGCAGAAGGACACGACGUCGGCCUACAGUCAUCGCCGCAAGCCACCACCCGAGGAGCUGAGCUUCGUCAACCGCGCUUUGACCAACUUGAACGCCAAGUAUCCGCGGCAGUCGACCUUGCACAGCAUCGGCAGAACCGCGGAGGGCAACGAGAUAAUGUGCCUAGAGAUCGGCACCAACAACGAUGAGAAAAAGACGGGGCGACCUGCCAUCGUUUUCUCCGCCAGCAUCCUACGCGCGGAGCCAGUGACCACUGGGGUGCUCUUGCACUUCGCCUCGUAUCUCUUGGAUAAUUAUAAGCAGAAUGCUACGAUCGCGCGCUACGUGGAUGACUUCUCCACAUACGUGGUUCCGGAAUUCUCCGGUCCCAACCACAGUCCCGCUUGCUCGCCACCACUGGAAGGCUUGCAGUUCCCCGUUCACGAGCAGCUCAGUGGGCAGGCGGCCAUGAUCGUCAGCUGGUUCAGGGACGUGAACGCCGUGCUGGCCGUGAAUCUCAAUAGCGGGUCGCGGCAUAUCGAAAUUCCGUUCGGUGGCGAUCACGGAAAGGCGCGCGAGCGAAAGUACGAGAGCGACGACGACGAUUUACUGCGACACUUGGCGUUGGUGUACGCCGACGCGAGGGCGGGCAAGCUGUCCGCGAGCACGAAAUGCAAACAGGACUCGAUCGUCGGCGACAACAGCGUGAUCCACGCGGCGGCGGGAUUUGGCGGGAGGAGAGGUCAUCCCUUGAUGGAUUACGCCUACUUCAACACGAGCACCUUGAUGAUGGACGUGUACGUCACCUGCUGCACCACCGACUACUCGAACAUCGUGUGGCAGGAGAACCAAGCCAGUUUGCUGGCCUGCAUGCAGGAGAUGACGAAAGGCGUAAGAGGAUACGUCACCAGCGAGGCGGACGAACCGAUUGGGAACGCUGUCUUGUCUUACGACAAGUCACCGCGUCUGAUUAAAAACGGCAGGUUGGGCUUCUACUCGAUCCUGCUGCCGCCCGGGAGUCACAACAUAACGGCCACGGCGCCCGGAUACCACGCGGAGACCAAGCUCGUCUCCACGCCCUCGCUCGAGGUGAAGAAAUUCUCAAGAUUGAUGUUCAAGCUCGUUCGCGACGACGGUAUCGUGGGAAUACCUAGGCUGGUGUUCAUCAUGAUAACAAGUAUGGUAUGUCUCGGCAUCGUCGCGUGCUGCGUGUGUAUAUGUGCGAGGUGUCGAGCUUCGGCGGAUACGGAAAAGGCUAGGAAGGGAUACGCCUUCAGUUUGCUGCAAGACGGCGGUAGCUUCUUCGACGACGAUGAGAAGGAAGUUGAGAUAUUUCGAAGACCGGCGGACGGAUAUAAGGGCAAUGGGGUGACCGUGCCGUAUUUCGAUGACGACAACAGUUCCGAAGAGGGUAGUGAUCUGGAGUUUAUUCAGCCCGAACGGGAAUGGAACGAUGUAGUACCGAGGAAGACGUGAUAGUGAAUAUUUUUGUACGGUAUAUAAUAUUUGGUUGCACAAUAUACGCGGUCAAUUUAAGCAAAUCUCUGAGACGAGAGAAGAGACAAUUUUUGUCGGAUUAAAGCAACUUUGAAGAAUUAAAUUUACAAAAGGUACAUUAGGCUUUCAAAAUAUAAAAAUAAGUGGAGGGUAGGAAGGACCAAUGCGAGCCGUACGCAGUUAAUAAGGCGUAGUGUUUCAAAUAGUCAUGGACAAUUUAAUAAUAGAACGUAAAAUACAGACGUUUCGAUCCACUCCGGAUCAUCUUCAGUGUACAAAAAUAACACACGUUAAAACGUAGAAGUAUAAAGUUUAUCUUAAUGUCUCUCGAGACGAACGUUGCAGUCUCUCCCUCCAUCAUCCGGUGGUGGUUCUCAUAUCGGUAAGGAUGCAAUAGUCCGUAUAAUUUAACAAAAGACUUAAACACGAGGAGGGAAAAACUUGGACUGCUAUUUCUUGUUUCUUGGCCUUCCUACCGUCCACUUAUUUUGAAUUUAUAAAGGUAAGAAUCAGGGUCCAAGCAUGGAAUAUGUACUUAUAUUUUUGUUGCAUUUUCUUUUAUUUAAUAGAAAACCGCGUUACUUUCUGACGACAUUUAUAUUGUUUUGUAAAUGUAUUGUGUAACAGUUCAAGGAGCGGAAUGCAAUUUUAUAGAAUUGUGUGAGAAUUAUUACAUAAAUACGUAAACGUCAGAAAAUUUUCCUAUCAGGGUAAAAUUAUAUAAAGGAGAUAAGAGAAUCUCUUUUUUUGAAUUGUUAACUUUCACAAGAGUGAAUGUGAAAGGAAAAUGUCAGUGUGUUUGGGAAACUACCAUGUAUCACUACCAUAUGUAUCAUCUUGAGAAGACUAUAUAAUCAUCACAUUAAGAACAAACAUGAAUGCUCCAACAACGCGAAGGACAUUCAGCCGUUUGUUCGCACUAUAAGCUUUACUUGUACAUGAUGAAUUUUUCUUAUUUAUGUACGUAGAUCGCACAGCAGCUUUAAUUUUAAUUAUACGCGAAUGCUGAGACCUGAGAAAGAAAAAGAAGUGCCUCCCUCUCUUCUUCUACUUUGCCGAAGUAACGUAUUCGCGGGGAGAAGAAUAGCGUAACUUCUUCCAAACUACUUAGAUCUCGGCGUAUCUCAUCACAUCUGUGACAAGCAAGCGGAUGAUUUAGCGUUAACCAUAAUUUGCGCAAAGAUACUUCCGUACGCAGGUCAUUCCAGUAUACUAAGAAGUAAAUAUUUGGUACUUACGAUUAGUAGCCUCUUGGUACUUACAAGAUUUAGAAAAUUAGAGCAGUAAAUUACAGCAGCCGUAAAAGACUAAUUUUUAUAUUAUCGCAGGAUCUUAAAACACGUAGAUCUUUCUGUUAAGCCGUGCAUGUUUGUAAAAAUACGUAGAGAUUUUCACGCAUGUAAAUAUACCAGAAAGUUUUAUAUCAGAAUUUUUUUAAUGAGGUUAGAAAGAUGCCGGAAGAAACCCUUUACUUGGAUUGUUAACUUUGUAUUGUGUACAUACAAAUGCAAAUACAAAUCAAUUAUGUACAGGCCUCCGUAUGAAUUUACAAAUGAUAAAAGUUAUAUUUCUACGACAGCAGUGUAUAACUUUUUCAGACUUGAACUGUUUCGUUGAGAAAUUUUUCCAAUUGUAAGACUGCGCACCGAAACGAUCUCGUAUUCUCUUUUAUCGUGCACAAAAUUGUGUAAUCGGAAUUCCGUCAACAACGAAUAAUAAAUUUCGUCCAUAAUUAAAA